AUGAGUGGCUUUAGUACUGAGGAGUGCACCAUGCCCUUUACCCUCGAGUAUCGAGUCUUCCUCAAAAAUGAAAAAGGACAACAUAUAUCUCCAUUUCAUGAUAUUCCAAUUUAUGCAGAUAAGAGUGUGUUCCACAUGGUGGUUGAAGUACCACACUGGUCUAAUGCAAAAAUGGAGAUUGCUAUGAAGGACCCUUUAAACCCAACUAAACAAGAUGUGAAAAAAGGAAAACUCCGUUAUGUUGCAAAUUUGUUCCCUUAUAAGGGAUAUAUCUGGAACUAUGGCGCCAUCCCUCAGACUUGGGAAGACCCAGGACACAAUGAUGAACACACUGGCUGUUGUGGUGACAAUGACCCAAUUGAUGUGUGUGAAAUUGGGAGCCAGGUAUGUGCAAAAUGUGAAAUAAUUGGGGUAAAAGUUUUGGGCAUCUUGGCUAUGAUUGACAAAGGGGAAACUGACUGGAAAUUCAUUGCCAUUGAUGUGGAUGAUCCUGAUGCAGCCAAUUAUAAUGAUAUUAAUGAUGUCAAAUGGUUGAAACCUGGCUACCUAGAAGCCACUGUGGACUGGUUUAGAAGGUACAAGUUUCCUGAUGGAAAACCAGAGAAUGAGUUUGCUUUCAAAGUAGAAUUUAAAGAUAAGGACUUUGCAACUGAUGUAAUUAAAAGCACUCAUGACCAUUGGAGAGCAUUAGUGAGUAAGAAAACCAAUAGAAAAGGAAUCAGUUGCAUGAAUACAACAGUGUCUGACAGCCCCUUCAAGUGUGAGCCCGAAUCUGCCAAAGCCAUUGUGGAUGCUUUACCACCACCUUGUGAAUCUGCCUGUACACUCCCAACAGAUGUGGAUAAAUGGUUCCAUCACCAGAAAAACUAAUGAAAUUUCUCUGGAAUACAAGCUGAUACUGCUGCAUUCUUUUCAUCUGGAAGUAUCAGUUGCAAAAGUAGUAGCUUUUCAAAG